AUGGCAAACCACCUGAACACACAUUUCAAUCCAUUCACCCCAGUCGACGCCGAAGAGGUCACAUUCGCAGCCGGAGUAACAAGUCUAAAUGAGCUAUGCGCCCUUCUCCUGUGCGACCCAGAUGAUUCCAUUCUUCUGAUCGGCCCUGUAUAUGGAUCAUUUACUCGAGAUCUCACCACCAAGACUAGCGUAAACUUAGAGUACGUUCAUGUCGGUGAAAAAGACCAAUUCUCACCUGACAGCAUCGCCGAAAUCGAGACUGGAUUCGAAGCAGCGAAAGCGCGAGGCAAAAACGUCAAAGCAUUAUUCAUAUGCAACCCCCAUAAUCCGCUUGGACGGUGCUAUUCUCGGGAAACAUUAACCGGGCUGCUUCGUCUGUGCGCGAAAAAGGGUAUUCAUCUGGUCAGCGAUGAAAUUUAUGCUUUAUCGGUUUAUGAGCGGGAUGAUAGGCCUUCGGAAACUUUUACAUCGGUUCGAUCGAUUGAUUGCACCGGGAUCAUUAGCUCUGAUCAGGUUCAUGUUCUUUAUGGGAUGUCAAAGGUAGUCCAAAUCUCCCGAUACACAGAAAGUGAGCGGCGGCAGUGCUGA